CAUCAAUCACAUCUUGAUGUAAAUCCUCUGAGGUAGAGCCGUCAGCUCUUUUCUUACAGGCAGUUUCUAAUAGUAAUCGUUCCCGGAGCAUCGAGAGCGUCUCACUCAGCAGAACGCUGGAUGAAAGCAGUGGUGCCGCAAUCAGCGAAAUCCCGCAUUCACCAUUCACAUCCACACCGCGCGUGCUGCCUGCCUUAUAGACCACAGGCUCAAGCUAUAUGCAUGUGACUAAACAACAACUAACAGCAUACCCCGACGCCUUCAACCACCGUGUUGAGAAUCGCUUAAAUCACACAAAGGUUUGAUCGUCUUUUAGCUUUAAUUCAUUUUGGAGACCGAGCGUGCGCGCGAUGGUUCUGCUGCAUCGCCGUCGGAGAAAAGAGACGCUGGUCUGGAUGCUACCCGGUCUGCUUGGAGUCUGCAUGGCAUUUGGCCCGAUCAAAGCAGAGGAGGAAGAUUACGAGGAUGUCCCCAUAAAUAAAACUUGGGUUUUAUCACCAAAGGUCUAUGAGAGCGACGUCACCCUUAUCCUAAACAAAUUGCUGCAAGGUUAUGACAACAAACUGAGACCAGAUAUCGGAGGCAAACCAACUGUGAUUGAGACGGCAGUAUAUGUGAACAGCAUUGGCCCAGUAGAUCCCAUCAAUAUGGAGUACACAAUAGACAUCUUCUUUGCUCAGACGUGGUACGACAGCAGACUCAAAUUCAACAGCUCAAUGAAACUCCUCAUGCUCAACAGCAACAUGGUCGGAAAAAUCUGGAUCCCUGACACUUUUUUCCGCAACUCUCGUAAAUCUGACGCCCACUGGAUCACGACACCCAAUCGCCUUCUGCGGCUUUGGAGCAAUGGGAGAGUGAUGUAUACUCUAAGGUUGACUAUUAAUGCGGAAUGCUACCUUAAGCUGCAUAACUUUCCCAUGGAUGAACAUUCGUGCCCUCUGGAGUUUUCAAGCUAUGGGUAUCCAAAAAAUGAGAUCCAGUAUAGAUGGCAGCGUCGUUCGGUUGAGGUUGCAGACCAGCGGUACUGGAGGCUUUACCAGUUUGCUUUUGUGGGUCUACGGAACAGUUCUGACGUGGCACACACUCAAUCUGGGGAAUAUGUAGUUAUGACCAUUUUCUUUGACCUAAGCCGGAGAAUGGGCUACUUCACCAUCCAGACCUAUAUCCCCUGCAGUAUGAUAGUGGUUUUGUCCUGGGUCUCCUUCUGGAUUAACAAGGAUGCCGUGCCUGCCAGAACAUCUUUAGGUAUCACAACUGUGCUCACCAUGACAACCCUAAGCACCAUAUCGAGGAAGUCCUUGCCGAAGGUGUCGUAUGUGACAGCCAUGGAUCUGUUUGUGUCUGUCUGCUUCAUCUUUACCUUUGCUGCUCUUAUGGAAUACGGGACCCUGCAUUAUUUCACAAGCAAUCGACAGAACAAGAAGACCAAAUCAGGCCAUGCACAGAAACCCAGCAGGGUUAACAGCAGACCUGGGACAUCUCUGCUGCAGAUGAACAAUAUUGCACCCUACCACGAGGAUGACGAUUAUGCAUAUGAAUGUCUGGAUGGGAAAGACUGCGCCAGUUUCUUCUGCUGCUUUGAUGAUUGUCGCUCCGGAGCUUGGCGUGAAAACAGAAUGCAUGUCCAUGUCUCCAAAAUUGACUCCUACUCCCGAAUUUUCUUCCCAACUGCCUUUGGCCUCUUCAACCUUGUCUACUGGAUUGGAUAUCUGUAUCUUUAAAGAUGCUGGGCAAGUUAAAGAGGAACUCAGUUAUAGUAAUAUUUGCAAAUCAUCUGUAAAUUCCCCAUCUGCUUAAUCUGGCAGCAUAAAUCUUUAAGAGAAGUGCAGGUGUGAGGAUUUAUUUGGAUGUAUUAUUACUUGAUGUAUCUUUAACUGUACCUGGGAAGGAUUUGAAUCUUAGAAGGAGGAUAAAUGUGAUUCUGCGCUGAUGCCAACUGAAUAUUACCAGCAAUUUUGGGUUUUUGAGAAGGAUGAUCUAUUAAAAAUGAUCUCUUAAAAACACCUUUACAUUUUAUUAUUAUUUUUUUACUGCAAUAUUAUCAUCUUAAUCGCAACUAUGACAGAACUUCUUCAGGUUAUUAUCUCUCUGGCUGAAGCAAAUAUUAUUUUUUGCUCUUAAAAGUAGAUAUAUUACUUCUGGUACAAAUUUUUCAAGAGAAAAAAAAAUGUGGCUACACAUUAGAAAACUAAUAUUUACAUGUUAAUCUAUCAGAAUUUAUUUAUUUAUUUUAAACUUAAAAUAGCUACAGUUCUGUGUGAAUUACCUGCGUUACUAAACAAACCAAAGCAUAGAUAUCUAAAGGUUACAUGAAUAGUAUUUUGUUCUGCUCAAGAAUUACCCAAAAGCCAUUUACUUGGAAUUAGCCUCUAAUGAUACUGUGAAAUGUUCUUGACUUGAAAUAAUAAGCUGUCUCUGCAAUAGAUGACACAAAGAAAUGCCAAUGUGCCCAAGAUAAAAGGGUCCACGUGCAAUUUUUUAUAUAUCAAACAAAAGAAAUAGAGCAGCCCUUACAAUUCACAGAUGUUCAGUGUCCUUUAGUACAAAUAAGAGUUAAUCUCUCUCCUUUGUAUUCAAGAUGGCAUUUCAUUUCUCCUCACGAAUGGCUAGAUUUCUGUCUGUAAUUGCAUGACUCAUCCGAGCUCCUAAGGCUAAUCAAUCCUUAUUUGGAAACGGUUCUGAUGGACUUUAUUCAGCAGAAGAGCUUUUUACAGACCUGUCACAAACAGUCUCAAAACUACAACGUCUUCAUAACACAAACCAUAGAUGCCUUCUCUACUGGUAAUAGUCUAAUUCAAUUGUCUUAAAUUAGGUUAAAUCUGAUCUCAGAGUCCUAUUUGAUGUGAGAAACAGAUGAACAGAGUGUGCGAGCAAUAGUUGACUUUACUCUCAAAACAUCUGUACACAUAAAUUACAAGUGUUUUUCUCAAUCUCCUGCUGUGCUUUCGGCUGUUGCUUGUUUUAUUUGAUGUUUCCAUGUGGUUUGUCUUUUGCUGGGUGUUAUCUUGAUCUGUUGUCUCCCUUUCUGAACAUCUGUUAUGUAUUGUGUUGUGCCCUGUAUCUUGAUAUAUUCUGUACUAUUGUCUUUCUUAAUGACAGCCUCACAGUUUCAGACUCAUGCAACAACCAGAUGACAAUACAAAUAAAAAUAUAGAGAAAGGUAACCUAUUUGUAUUGUUAUGGCAAGAAUAUCUAUUAGACUUAAUCUGUUUAACACCCUUAAUAAUACACAUCAGUGACCUUCAUGUAUCUGUGUGAGUGCGUGCAUGUGUGUCUAUACGUGAGUGGGUAUUCAAAGCAGACUCCGUCACUCACCGUACAUCUCUGUACUCUGCUCUCCACUUGUUCUAGGUGUUGUCGUCGUGUCUUCUGUAAGUGCUAACCUUCAUGCUUUUUAUGUGUUCAUAUGUUUUUGUAGCAUUGAACACUGUGAGUAAUAAAACAGUGCCUGCAAAACAAUGAUAAAACUCUAUGCUCUCUCAAACUCUUGAUGAUUCACAACUUAUCAAAACCAAAAAAACGCUGGGAUAAAAAAUAUGAAU